CAGGGGAUCCCCGCUCUUAAAAUAACAGAGGCGAAGACACCCAGAUCUAUACCUUGUUUUGCUCUAGGUUUACAGACACGUCUCUCAAGUAUUUCUGGAGGAGUGGGCUGGUUAUCGGAGUGCACCUAGGGAGAGCGCAGAGACAGAAGUUCGCACCAGUUUGCCAGUCGGAGUCUCAAUAGCAGCCGCGCGGCAGGGGACGGACGCGCAGCCAGAACUCAGGAAACCUACCCACUCAGAUUCUGAAACAAGGCUCAACCCUCCAGAACUGCCACCAACUAACCAGACCUGUAAUCCGAUUGCCACCACACAAGAACUGACUCGAGGAAUCUAUUGGACAGUGAAAAGGACAACUGUUUUGCAUUUUUUUCCUUAAUUCUUAACAUUUUUAUUGUGGUCUCAUAAUUGUUGCGCUGGUUAGGAAAAAGCAACAUAUCCAUACAACUUUCCAACUAUUUUCAUCAUCCCUAAACCUGAAAGGAGGAUGAGGCUGGAUUUUGGACCUCAGGGCUGGCCUCUGGCCCUGGCUCUACUGCUGGGUGUUGUAGUGGGCCAGAAGCUGCCCACGCGAGACGAGGGCCUGUUCCAGAUGCAGAUCAGAGACAAGACCCUGUUCCAUGAUUCCUCCGUCAUCCCAGACGGAGCCGAGAUCAGUGGAUACUUGUUCAGGGACACGCCCAAAAGGUACUACUUUGUGGUGGAGGAGGACAACACCCCACUGUCUGUGACGGUGACACCAUGUGAUGCUCCUCUGGAGUGGAAGCUCACUCUGCAGGAGCUGCCUGAGGAGGCCAGUGGAGAGGGAUCAGGUGAGCCAGAGCCCCUGGACCAGCAGAAGCAGCAGCAGGUGACAGUAGAUGAGGGCACAGAGCUCUUCUCCUACAAGGGGAAUGAUGUGGAGUCCUACGUGGCCACCAGCUCUCCCUCCGGCCUCUAUCAGCUGGAGAUGCUCUCCACAGAGAAGGACAGCAACUUCAAGGUGUACGCUACCACCACCCCAGCGUCUGACCAGCCCUACCCCGAGCUGCCCUACGAUCCCCGGGUGGACGUCACCGCCCUGGGCCGGACCACUGUCACCCUGGCCUGGAAGCCCACCCCUACGGGCGUUCUGAUGGGCCAGCCCGUCCAGUACUGUGUGGUCAUCAACAAGGAGCACAACUUCAAGAGCCUGUGUGCUGCCGAGGCUAAGAUCAGCGCUGACGAUGCCUUCAUGGCCGCUCCAAAGCCAGGCCGGGACUUCAGCCCCUUCGACUUUGCUCACUUCGGCUUUGUCCCCUCAGACAAUAACUUAAACCGAGGUCUCACCAGCAACAAGAUCUCCCGCUCCUACACAGCCAAACCCAAAGCCUCUGACAUUCAGAAAGUCUGCAUUGGUAACAAGAAUAUCUUCACCGUGUCGGACCUGAAGCCGGACACUCAGUAUUACUUUGACGUGUUCGCUGUGAACUCUGCCACCAACACCAGCACCGCCUAUGUGGGCACAUUCGCCCGCACCAAGGCAGAGGCUCGGCAGAAGACGGUGGAACUGAAGGAUGGCAAAGUGUCCGACGUCUUCAUCAAGAGAAAGGGCAGUAAGUUCCUGCGCUUCGCCCCUGUCUCCUCCCACCAGAGGGUCACUCUGUUUGUACAUGCCUGUCUGGACUCUGUUCAGGUGCAGGUUAGGCGUGAUGGCAAGCUGUUGCUCUCCCAAAAUGUGGAGGGUGUACGGCAGUUUCAGCUGCGAGGGAAGCCCAAGGCCAAGUACCUGAUCCGUCUGCGAGGCAGUAGGAAGGGAGCGUCCACCCUGAAGGUGCUGGCCACCACAAAGCCCAGCAGCAAGCAACCCUUCCCAUCGCUACCCGAGGACACGCGCAUCAAGGCCUUCGACAAGCUGCGUACCUGCUCCUCUGCUACUGUGGCCUGGCUGGGAACGCAGGACCGCAACAAGUUCUGCGUCUACAAAAAAGAGGUGUCCGAGAGCUACGGCGAGGAGCAGCGGCGCCGUGAGCAGAACCAGUGUGCCGGGCCUGAGACGCGCAGGAAGUCAGAGAAGGUCCUCUGCAAGUACUUCCACAGCCCAAACCUGCAGAAGGCCGUUACCACGGAAACCAUCACAGGGCUGGAGCCGGGCAAGACCUAUCUGCUGGACGUUUAUGUUGUGGGCCACAGUGGUCACUCAGUCAAAUACCAGAGCAAACUGGUGAAAACGAGGAAGUACUGCUAAUAGACUGCACAGAAUAAAUCUAUUAUAUAUAUAUAUAUAUAUUAAAAAAGUUUUAUUUAACUCUAAGUGAUAUUCUACUAAGGAGUGUAUACAGACUGACCACUCACACAGCCGAUGAGCCUGUGGCAGAGACUUAACUGUUUGCAGAGGGAGAUAUCAACCUGUAUAUUUAUGUUUACAUUUCAUUGUUGGCAUGUUUUUGGGCGAUCCAUAGGUGAGAGGUGCUCACCUAUGGAUCGCCCUGUGCUUGGGGUCCCAGAAUCUCGUUGCCAACAGGGAGACUUCAGAGCUUCAGAGAAGAGACUGUUUCAUCUUGUGCAUCUCUCUGUCGCUGCAUGACUCUUGCGUUCCUCUGUCAAAAUGGUUUGUUACUUCAGUUUCAAUUUAAGUUGACCUGCAGAGAUAAAAUAGCUACCAGCCGUGUAUAGUUCUCUCAGUGCAUCAUUUACAUUUAGGAGAGAUUUAAAUUAUUUUAUACUUCACCUCUUUUGAUUUGAUUGUUUGUUUUUAUUGAUCAUGAUGACUAUUACUGUUAUGAAGAAAUAAUUCAAAUUCUAUGAGGAAAUUGUCAUUGUGGAGACAUUCCGUUGUGUAACUCAGCCAGUGUGCGCUCUAGAGCCUGUCUGUAAAUGUGUUCUGUGCUGGAGGUCUGUGUGUUACCACUGUAUCGCUGUGUGUGUCACAUGUACAGAGUUGUCCUGCCAAUAUUCAUGUACAUAAACACUAAAUAUAGAACAAGUAA